AUGGCGGGCCGACCAGCACCAGCACCCAGGACCAAGCUCGGCUAUCAUCGUGUGCUUGGUCCAAAUGCCUCCGUACUUGUGUCUCCCAUCUGCCUGGGGACCAUGAACUUCGGUGACAUUUGGGACGCUAGCGCUGGUGGAUGCAGCAAAGAGACGGCAUACUCGGUUCUCGACCAGUUUUACGCGUCUGGCGGCAACUUCAUUGACACCGCGAACAUGUACAUGGCCGGCCAGUCGGAGGAAUGGCUAGGUGACUGGAUGGCGGAUCGUGGUGUUCGCGACCAGAUGGUCAUUGCCACAAAGUUUACCUAUGCAUACCAAAUUCCAGACAUGCUUCCCGACGGUACAAUCACGUCCAAUUUCGGCGGCUCGAACAGGAAAAGCCUCCGGCACUCGCUCGAGGAGAGUCUCAAGAGAUUGAAGACAGACUACAUCGACAUUUUCUAUGUCCACUCAUGGGAUGGCCUGACCAGCAUUCCAGACCUGAUGCGUGCGCUUGACGAUGUUGUUCGUCAGGGACGGGUUCUGUACCUUGGUUGUUCAAACUGGCCCGCAUGGAUGGUUGUCAAGGCAAACAGCUACGCAAGAGAGCAUGGAAUGACUCCCUUCGUCGUAUACGAAGGCUUAUGGAAUGUCGUGGCCCGAGACAUCGAACGAGAAAUCGUGCCCAUGUGCAAGGCCGAGGGUAUGGCGAUCACGGUCUGGGAAGCACUGGGGGGAGGCAAGUUCAAAAGCAAAGCCGAUAAAGCGCAGGCAGGGGCGCGUCGGCUGUAUGAUCUCUCCGGGAAGGGGAUGGAGAAGUUCGAGGUUGCGGCUAUGGCCUUGGAACGUGUGGCAGCGAGGAAAGGAACCACCGUUUCCGCCGUCGCCAUGAGAUAUGUCAUGCUCAAGGCUCCUUAUGUCUUCCCGGUCAUUGGUGCGCGCAAGGUCGAGCAUCUUCAGUCCAAUGUGGAAGCUUUGGCCAUCAAUCUUGACGAUGCGGACAUCCAAGAGCUCCAGGAGGCCGUUCCGUUGGACCUAGGCUAUCCACACAUCAUCUUGUCCGGAAGCCCGACUGAACACGUUGGGCCAACGAGACCAACAUACCUACCGAUGUGGUGGGGUGGAUUUGAAGGCGUAGAAGAGCCGAAGGCGCCUCGAACGUGUUCUGAAUGUAGACGUCGCAAGAUCCGCUGUAUCUAUCGAUCUGAUUCAUCGCUCGAGUGCAACCGGUGCCUCUCGAGAGGAACCAAAUGCGUCCUGCCAGCUACCAGCGUGUCGAACCAACUGGGUGACGAAAAGAGAACACUGAGGGAGAGAGUCCUCCGCCUCGAGAGUCUGCUGCAGCAGGCACCCAACACGAUUCUGACGAGCUCCGUAUCUCCAUCGACGAAGGACAAUGCUUCCAUUUCAUUACAGAUCAAUGGUCAAGCGCUGGACGAUGCUGGCGAUCCCGCCCUGGAUGUCGACCAUUCGGCACCGUUCAUGGCUGCACUGCAGACCUCAGAUCUAUUCGAGCCUUACGAAGCCCCUCGGAAUGGUGGACCCGAUGAUCGAGCACAAGUCGAGCCCCAGCAUCACAUCACGCAUGGACCCUUGCGUACGUGUACCACAGGUGAAGGUUACAGCAUCACUCUCUGCGAGAAUUUGAGAGCAGUUCUGCCUAGUCUUUCUGACAUCAAAGCCCCCAUGGCAGACAACACGCUCUGGUGGCAGUUCUGGAACCAAAAGACGUUUGGUACAGAACAAGCCAGAGAGACACUUCUCCAAUACACCGAGCGAGUAUACAGUGAGAAUGAUCCGAUCGAGUUAGGUCUGAUGGUAUCAGCAUACGCACGCCACAAGGACGACGAUGCAUUGCGUCUGCUUUCUGUGGUGGACCAGAUGGUUAUCAGCAAUGACAGAUUCGCUGGAACACUUCGAGGAUUGACUUUGAUCGCGUUUCAAGCGAAAUGCUACCUGGAUAUAGGACAGCCUCGACGAGCAUUUCUGUGCAACCGGCGAGGCGUCAACCUUGCCCAAGUUAUGAACAUCCACCGCACCUAUUCAUCGACAAAUGAAAGAAGCUCGAUCUGGUGGACGCUGUACCAAGGAGACCGGUUCUUCUCCAUUCUCUUAGGUCUUCCUUACGGCAUACGAGACGAUCAAUUUCCUUUCCCGACCGCACGGGAUGACACACCAGCGGGUGCUGUUGCGCAGGCAUUCUCAUUGCGACUGGGUGUCUUGAUGGGAAAGGUGAUUGACCACAAGCAGUAUCAGACGCCACAGGGGUUCUCGAACAUAAUUGACAUCGAGGACGAGCUGGAACGUCUCGCUUGUGCCCAGUCUCAACAAUGGUGGUCAUAUUCGAUACCCGACAACGCGGACACAACAGCGAUCAACGACUUCCGCGAGCGCCUUCUUCAACACUCUCUCUUCUUCUUCGUGCGUAUGUACGUCCAUAUGCCGUACAUGGUGAGGCAGACGUCGUCACGCAUCUACGAAACCAGCAGGCAGUCUGGAUUAGAUGCAUCACGCGACUUCUUGCGCCGAUACCAUGUUCUGAGUUCCCAUUUUGAGGGAGCUCCCCUGUUUGAAUGCAAAACUCACGAUUUUCUCGGAUUCAUGUCGGCCCUGCUUCUUCUCGUUGGCAGUAACAAUGUAUCACGGGAUAUGCCCUUGAUCGACAAGACGAUUCAGAUUCUGGAAAGACUCGCGAUAGUCAAAACCUGCAAAAUCUGUAUGCAAGCGCACAGAGCGCUUGUUGAUGUCCUUGCCGUGUGUACUGGCAAAGGAGAAACUCGGGAUUGGAUGCAUUCAAAGAUCGCUAUUCCGUACUUCGGUACUCUUCGAGUUGCACCUCUGAAUGCAGUACAGAUACGACACGACACAUAUGAAGUAGAUGAUUCAACUCCGGUGCUGACGGAGGGCAUAUCGGCUGGUGAUUCUCGGGACUUGAACGAGGAACAAUCCCUCAACCCAAUCGGUCAGAGUCAGGGUGAUGUUGAUUUUGAUUUCGACUUUGAUUUCGACUUCAACAUUCCAGGUCUUUGGGACAAUGUCGACGCGAACAUAUCGUUCUGCGACUCUUUGCUCGACCUAGACCAGGACUGGGGUUGUUUUUUCGACUAG